AAGGAUGUAUUGUAGCAUCGGAGCGCGACGAGACAGUACAUUAUCAUAUUAAUAAAAAAAUAAAUAGUGAUGUGGUGGUAUUUUGUGGGACUGGCUGUUGCCUUAUAUUAUGUGAACAAGUGGAUAAGAAGCGAUGAACAGUUUGAGAAAAUUCCUGGUCCGCCAGGAAUUUAUAUUUUUGAAAAUGCUUUGGACUUUUUGAUGGACCCUGUGACACUGUUUUAUUACUUUAGAAAGCUGGGCAGCCAGUAUAAGCAGUUCUUUAAAUUAAAACUUGCAUCCAGGAAAUUUAUUGUCAUAUGUAAUCCUGAGGAUACCGAGGCAAUUAUAUCUGGCACGAAAUACAACAAAAAAGGUUUUCUAUACGGAUUUAUAGAGCCAUGGCUGAAGGACGGGCUACUGUUGAGCGAUGGAGAAAAAUGGCAACAGCGCCGGAAAAUUCUAACGCCGACUUUUCAUUUUAAUAUUUUACGCCAUUUUAAUACGAUACUAGAAGAAAACUCCCGAAAAUUAGUGGAACAACUGGCCACUGAAGUGAACAAAGACAAAACGAAUGUAUCCACUUUCAUUACUGAAUUCACGCUGCAUUCAAUAUGUGAGACUGCAAUGGGAACCAAGUUGGACAGUGAGACCAGCAGUGUGGGUCGCAGCUACAAGGACGCCAUCAUAAAACUAGGAGUGUACGCCGUCCACAGAGCGCAGAGAGUGUGGCUCUACCCCGACCUGGUCUUCCCGUGGACUCAACUCGGCCGCAAGCAACAGAAAAUCUUAGACCUAAUGCGCUCCUUCAGAGACAGCGUCAUCGAUAAAAGAAGAGAAUCGAAUGACUUCAAAAAUAUGCUACUCGAAGUCGCAAAUGACACGGAUGAAAAUGAAAUAUCGAUGGCGGGCAAAAAAAGAUUAGCUAUGCUUGAUCUUUUAUUACAAGCCGAAAGAGACGGUAUUAUUGAUGCGAAUGGAAUUGGAGAGGAGGUUGAUACAUUUAUGUUUGAGGGUCAUGAUACUACAUCAACCGCUCUUCAGUUCACUUUGAUGUUAUUGGCCUGUUAUCCGGAUGCACAGGAAAAAGCCGUCGCAGAAUGCAACCAAAUAUUUAAAUCACCCGACCAACAAGCAUCGAUGAGUGAUUUGUCCCAAAUGAAGUAUCUGGAAUGCUGCAUAAAGGAGUCGCUGCGACUAUAUCCCCCAGUGCAUUUCAUAAUGCGAAAGCUUGAUCAGCCUUUGAAAUUGAAUACUGGUGGGAACGAAGUUCCGGCAGGUUCCGACUGCGCGAUCCUGCUGUGGGAGCUGCAGCGUCGUAGUGACCAAUUCGUGGAGGCGCUCGAGUUCCGACCUGAAAGGUUCCUACAGGCGCCCACGUGGCACCCAUACUCCUUCAUCCCUUUCAGCGCUGGGCCCAGAAACUGUAUAGGUCAAAAGUUCGCCAUGAAUGAAAUGAAGUUCGCAUUAUCCGCAAUACUGAGGAACUACAGACUGCUGCCCGUCUCCACUCCACAGAAUAUAGUGUUCAUCACAGACUUCAUAUUACGUCCUGUUGAUCCGAUUUAUGUUAAAUUUGAAAAGAGACAACACACUGAUUUAGUUCAUUCGUUCACUGUGAACUGCCCCCGACCGGUUGUAUUCGGCAAAAUGUUAGUUUAUUUACUAUCCAUUGCGAUUUUACUGUGCGUCAUUCAUGUGUAUUUUAAUUACAAUAGUGUUGCAAGGGCGUUAAGAAAAAUUCCAGGCCCGAAGGAUGCUUUUAUUAUUGGAAAUGCGCUAGAAAUUAUUGUUCCAUCAGAUAAAUUGAUGGACUUAGGGCGAGACUUCGCUAGGAGAUUCCCUGGAAUACACAGAUUUUGGUCUUACCCUUUAGGGGCAGUGACAAUAUAUAAUCCAGAAGAUAUAGAGAUUAUUAUGUCAACCAUGAAGCACAGUGAAAAGGGGAUUAUAUAUAAUUUAUUGAAACCAUGGCUUCAGGAAGGGCUACUUCUAAGUAACGGUGAAAAAUGGCAAACUCGGCGCAAAAUCCUGACGCCCACGUUUCACUUCAAUAUCCUGCGGCAGUUCAGCGCGACUUUGCAGGAGAACGCGCAGAGGCUCGUGGCAGUUCUCGAGGCGGCUUCCGGGCGUCCCGUUGACGUCGUGCCCGUUAUAUCCGAGUUCACACUUAGCUCCAUCUGUGAGACUGCUAUGGGGACGCAAUUAAAUGAACAGGAAGCCAAUGCCGCUAGAACUUACAAAGAAUCAAUUUACAAAAUUGGUAAUAUUUUCAGCAAACGUUUUGCAAGGAUUUAUUUAUUUUCUGAUUUUAUUUUCAAUUUAACAUCGUUAGGCAGAGAACAGAAUAAGCUUUUGAAAAUAGUUAGAAGAUUUACUAAAACUGUCAUAGAUCAAAGAAAAGAAAUGCUUGAAAAUAAUAUGAAUUCCCAUACAACAAAAGAUGCCGAAGAAUAUGACGAUAUUUUUAUGAAGAAGAAGAAAAAAGUAGCUAUGCUAGAUUUAUUAAUAUCAGCUGAAAAAGACAGACUAAUUGAUAGCGCGGGUAUACAAGAAGAAGUGGAUACAUUCAUGUUUGAGGGCCACGACACAACUGCUUCGGGUUUGACAUUUUGCAUGAUGGCGCUAGCUAAUAAUAAGGAUAUACAGGAUAAAGCUACAGCAGAGAUUAAAGACGUGCUUGGAGACUCCGAACGCGCUAUCACCAUGGAAGAUAUUAACAAUUUGCCGUACUUAGACCGCUGUAUCAAGGAAUCGCUACGUAUCUAUCCGCCAGUGCAUUUUAUUAGCCGUGAAUUGACUGAAGAUGUAAGACUGAGCAACAAAUACGACGUCCCAGCUGGAGUGGGGUGCCACAUCUCCAUCUACGACCUGCACCAUCGCGAGGACCUGUACCCGGAUCCAUCCCGGUUCGACCCUGACCGCUUCUUGCCCGAACAGUGCGCGCGGAGACAUCCUUACGCGUAUAUACCCUUUAGCGCGGGACCUAACUGCAUAGGUCAAAAGUUUGCCCUGUUGGAAAUGAAGUUGGUGUUAGCGGAGGUGUUGAGGAGGUUCGAGUUGCAGCCGGUCACCCGGCCGGAGGACCUGAGCUACCUCGGGGACCUCGUUUUGAGGAACAAGGGACCCGUCUACGUCAACUUUGUGAAGAGAAAGUCGGUCGGGAGUGUCGAAACACACUCCGGCCGGUUGUACUCGUCUAAAAUGCUAAUUUAUUUAAUAUCGACUGCGAUUGUAUUGUGUGUAAUUCACGUGUUUUUUAAUUACAACCGUGUAGCAAGGGCGUUAAGAAAAAUACCAGGACACAAGGAUGCAUUUAUAAUCGGAAAUGCGCUUGAAAUUCUAGUUUCACCAGAUAAAUUAAUGGACUUACUGCGAAGCUUCGCCAAGAAGUUUAAUGGAAUUUACAGAUUUUGGUGUUACCCGAUAGGGGCAGUGACUGUUUAUAAUCCGGAAGAUAUAGAGAUAAUUAUUUCAACUAUGAAACAUAGUCAAAAAAGUAUUAUAUACAAUGUCAUCAAACCCUGGCUUAAGGACGGGCUGCUUUUGAGCAGCGGUGAAAAAUGGCAAACGCGCCGCAAAAUCCUGACACCUACUUUUCACUUCAAUAUCCUGCGGCAGUUCAGCGUGACUCUGCAGGAGAACGCGCAGAAGCUCGUGGCAGUUCUCGAGGCAACUUCGGGACGUCCCGUCGACAUCGUGUCUGUUAUAUCAGAGUUCACUCUUAGCUCUAUUUGUGAAACCGCCAUGGGAACUCAAUUAAAUGAACAAGACACCAAUGCCGCCCGAUCUUACAAAGACAUGAUAUACAGAAUCGGUCAUAUAUUCACCAGCCGCAUUGCAAGGAUAUAUCUGUAUCCAGACUUAACUUUCAAGCUCACGUCGUUAGGUAGAGAACAAAAAGAGCUUUUAAGAAAAAUAACAAAAUUUACUGAACAAGUCAUUGACCAAAGAAAGAUCAUGCUGGGAAAUAAUGUGAAUAUAGAUACAAUAAAAGAAGCGGAAGAAUACGACGAUAUUUUUAUGAAAAAGAAGAAAAAAGUAGCUAUGCUCGAUUUAUUACUUUCUGCUCAAAAAGAUAGACUUAUUGAUAGUGCAGGUAUACAAGAAGAAGUCGAUACAUUCAUGUUUGAGGGCCAUGACACGACUGCCUCAGGAUUGACAUUUUGCAUGAUGGCGCUAGCUAACAAUAGAGACAUACAGAAUGAAGCUGCAGCAGAAAUUAAAGCCGUGCUUGCCGACUCCAACCGCGCUAUAACCAUGGAGGAUAUCAGCAACCUGCCGUACCUAGACCGCUGCAUCAAGGAAUCGCUACGGAUGUAUCCUCCCGUGCAUUUUAUUAGCCGUAAAUUGUCUGAAGAUGUUAGACUGAGCAACAAAUACGAUGUCCCCGCCGGUGUGGGUUGCCACAUAUCCAUAUUCGACCUGCACCACCGUGAAGACUUGUAUCCGGACCCGGCCCGGUUCGAUCCGGACCGCUUCUUGCCCGAACAAUGCGCCCGGAGACACCCCUACGCGUACAUACCCUUUAGCGCGGGACCUAGGAACUGCAUAGGUCAAAAGUUCGCCCAGCUAGAAAUGAAGUUAGUGCUAGCAGAAGUAUUGCGGAGGUUCGAGUUGCAGCCGGUCACUCGGCCGGAGGACCUGAGCUUCACCGCUGACCUCGUGGUGAGGAACAAGGGACCCGUCUACAUUACUUUUACGAAUAGAGUCGCAACAGAGGAAUAGACAGCUAAAUAUGAACCAUUCGCUGCCAACACGCUAGGCGGGUUCUCUUUUUUGUCAUGAGGGUUUUUCCUGUGUUAUCGACUACGCUCGUAGAGCGUAGCUCGUACAGACAGUGAAUGUGUUAUAAGUUACAAGAAAUGGUGGUUUGGUGGGACGACUUUGGCGCAUUUUGUAUUGAUUGGCAGGUGGGAGUAUGGAAACCUACUCCCGUCAGUUUUUAGAAAUAUUUAAAUGAGAUGCAUGUUAAUCGGGUUGUGUAGGUAUUUAGGUAAUAAAGAUUAAUAAUUAAAUUACAUUGUAUUUAUGAUUCAUGCCAACAAUGUAAGAGAAAUAGGUACAUAGGUAAAUAGGGGAAGGUUGCGAUCAUUGGACCACUUAAAUUUUUCUAAAUCUAAUCGUGCUAGAUGGAAUCCAGUAUGGUACAAGGUGAUUUUAGCCCUCAGUUUGGGCCACCCCGUAACCUCAGUCGCGCCUCGCUACCCGGAAAAGAGUGACGCGUCCAAGUGUGUUUCAAGAAGGAAUAAAAUCACGAAAGUAUAAAUACAUUGACAUUUGAAUUUGUGUGUUGAC